AUGGUUGGUAUGCCAAAUCGUGAUGGUGAACAGGGAAUACACGACCGCAAAUGCUCAAUUGUUGACGUCUAUCGCAUGGCCGAUGCCGAUAAUCGGGUUAUUCUAAAUGUUGGCGGUAUUCGCCAUGAAACCUAUAAAGCUACACUGAAAAAAAUUCCAGCUACAAGACUCUCCCGUCUCACCGAAGCUCUAUCGAAUUACGAUGCUGUCCUCAAUGAAUUCUACUUCGAUCGACACCCAGGUGUCUUUGCACAGAUCUUGAAUUACUAUCGCACUGGCAAAUUACACUAUCCGACUGAUGUCUGUGGUCCUCUUUUCGAAACUGAACUUGAAUACUGGGGACUUGACGCAAAUCAAGUUGAACCUUGCUGUUGGAUGACAUAUACCACUCAUCGGGAUACACAGGACGUUCUUGUCGGUCUUGAUCGUUUGGAUCUCGAUGCUGAACCCAUCACCGAAGAAGAGAUUCCACAUAAGUUUGGCUGGGAUUACGAUCCAACUAUACGUCAUAAGAAUAUGAGUUUACAAGAGUAUAUGAAUUCAUUACCAUGGUACACGCGUUUACAGCCACGUAUCUGGCAAUUAUUUGAAGAACCAUAUUCAAGUAGUGCAGCAAAAGCUAUACAAGUUGUUUCAAUCUUCUUUAUACUUGUUUCUAUCAUAUCAUUUUGUUUGAAAACUCAUCCGACAAUGCGUGUACCAACGAUAGCAUUCGUGGAAAAUAAUUUUACCAAUAUCACACCAACAUACACGUUGUAUAAAGAACGAACAGAAGCUCACGAAGCAUUUCAGUAUAUUGAAAUAGUAUGCAAUGUUUGGUUCACAUUUGAGAUUAUAACACGCUUUAUAGUCUCACCCAAGAAAUGUGGCUUUGUUAAAUCACCUGUAAAUAUCAUAGACUUUCUUGCGACCUUAUCAUUCUAUCUUGACAUCUUAUUCAAUAAAUUCCUCCCGCCGUCAUUUACUAACACGGAUUUAUUCGAAUUCUUUUCUAUUACGCGUAUCUUUCGUCUAUUUAAAUUAACUCGUCAUUAUGGAGGAUUAAAAAUUCUUAUACAUACGUUUACUGCGUCGAUGCGUGAAUUGAUGCUACUCAUCUUUUUCCUUGUCCUCUUUAUUGUCAUCUUUGCAUCGCUAAUUUAUUAUGCCGAACGUUUACAGAAGAAUCCAGACAAUGAUUUUACUUCGAUACCCAUCGGGUUGUGGUGGUCGAUCGUAACUAUGACUACCGUCGGUUACGGCGAUAUGGUACCGAAAACGUAUGUCGGUAUGAUGGUCGGUGGACUUUGUGCAUUGACAGGUGUAUUAACGAUUGCUUUGCCCGUACCUGUUAUCGUAGCUAACUUUGCAAUGUACUAUUCUCAUACGCAAGCACGAUCAAAACUACCGAAAAAACGGCGGAGAGUAAUGGCUGUAGAACCUGUUCGACCGGCAAGAGGCCCAGGAGGUGCCGGCGGUGGGCCUGGAGCUGGACCGGGUGGUGCAGGUGGAGGAGCAAUGAACAAAUUUGGCAUGGAAGUUGGCAUGGGUGGCGGACCCGGUGGACCACCUGGUGGAGGCCCUAAAAAGAAUGUCAUCAAACAAGGAGGUGGUGGUGGCAUGGCUGCUAAACUUGGUAUGACUGAGAAUAAUAUCGUUCACAAUCGCAUUGUUCAUAUUUUAUCCAUUUACAUAGGACAUGGUGAUGAAGAACGUAUACCAAUGAUUCAACCGAGUCCGAGAUUUAGUAGCCAUCAUCAUGUGGCUAAAGAUCUCGGAUCAUUUGGAUGUCUAGAAGAAAUGGAAAUGAAAAUAGGAAGUGACAACACGUCGCCAAUCAACAAUAGCACAAGUACGAUCGAUAAUCAGAACGAUGGUCAGCAACACAGACAACGUUCAUCACCUCGCGUUCAAUCAUCACGAACAGUUCUCACCGAAGUGGUUUCUUGA